AUGGCUGCCCUUCGUACUUCUUCACGCUCGCUCAUGCGAUCUGUCGCCGCGGCUGCGGCUCGAUCCAACGUCUCUGCUGUCGCAAGCAGCUCAUCGCGAGUAUCGGCUCGUGCUCUCUCUACUUCAGCAGCUCGCUCUUCCGACUCGCUCUUUGUUCACCGCAACACCGACUAUAACAAUCCUGACAUUCCCUUUGAGUUCAACGAGGAGAACAAGAAGAUGGCACAGGAGAUCAUCUCGCAUUACCCCGAACAGUACAAGAAGGCGGCCGUCAUCCCAUUGCUCGACCUUGGUCAGCGCCAGAAUUCCGGUUGGGUUUCGAUCUCGGUCAUGAACUAUGUUGCCCAACUGCUCGAGAUGCCACCAAUGCGUGUCUACGAGGUCGCUACCUUUUACACCAUGUUCAACCGUGAGCCUGUUGGAAAGUACUUCCUCCAGCUCUGCACAACCACGCCAUGCAUGCUUGGCGGUUGCGGUUCCACAAAGAUUCUCGAAGCGCUCGAGAGCAAGUUAGGAAUCAAGGCUGGCCAGACCACUGCCGACAAGAAGUUCACACUCGUUGAGGUCGAAUGCCUCGGUGCUUGUGCCAACGCUCCUAUGAUCCAGAUCAACGAUGACUACUACGAGGACCUUACCCCAGAGACCAUGGUCAACAUCAUUGACAAGCUUAGCAAGGGCGAGACCGUCAAGCCUGGCCCGCAAUCUGGUCGUCACUCGUCGGAAGCUGCUACCGGACGAACUGCUCUCACUUCAGAACCUUACGGGCCCGGCAAGUUCUGUGUUCCCGAGUUCGCUUAA